CGUAUGUCUUUUAUGUAUGUUUUCUGUUGUUAUUUUAAAAAGCAAUACUUUUUAAAAAAAAGCAUUGACAUUAAUUAUGCAAGACUUCUGAGGUUAAGGGACUAAGGCUGAAAUAGCUUCUUUUUGGGGUGGUGGCACUAAACUUUAGAUCAGCAUGUCAGUUGGGCGGCAUUGAUUGCCUUCCAAAAACAAUUUGAACCAAGCUCUUCUGGAUCACAUUUGGGCUGCAAUUCCAUUUUUGGUUAGAUUAUCAUUUUAGUUUUAGUUUAGUUUUCAGAUGUUUUAUUUAUGCAUUUAUUGUAUCUUGUGUAUUAUGUAUUUUAUCUUGUAAGCUACUGAUAAUCAUUUGGGAUAACGGUGGUUCAUAAAUGCAGUUAAUAAAGUUAUCUGAAAGGAGAUUCAAUUUAGUAUUUUGCUCAUUACAUACUUGGGGUAAAGAAGAUGGUAAAAUACAAAAGAAUAUUGCAGACAAAUUCAUCAUAUAAAUUUAAAGCUUCUCAAACACAACUAUAUUUCUGUUUAUUUACCUGAAAGUUAAACAUUUUUUAUUGAAAUCCACUUCUUCGGUGUUCAUAUGUGCCAAGAGUGGCCUGCGAGAACAUUUGGGUUUAAUCAGGGAACGAGGCAGCAGUUUUAACCAGUUAAAUAAUUAUUUUAACUCUGCUCUUGAUUAGGCUGCCAAGGGGAAAAUUUACUUGUUUCUACUCGGCUCAAAUGCUUGUCUGCUUUAGAAAUCCGUUAGAGGGGCUGCUACUUUGGGGGCUCUUCAACGACUUUGGAGAUGUUGUACAUUGUACACCAUGUAUACAACCAAUUUCGUUGUAUACAUGAAGUACAAUGACAAUAAAGGCUAUACUAUACUACUAUACUAUAUUGUGUUGCUGUAUAGACAACUAACCUCCCGCAUCACUACCACCCCACUAACAAAUGCAAGGUACGCCAGAUGAACGCCCAGCCUGCGCGCGUAGAUUAAUCCCAGGUUCUUGCCUCGCCUUCUCGCCUCCCCUUCACCCGCUUCACUGGGGAGCGGAAGUGCCCUGGGAAAACCGUGACGUCCUUAGUUUCCGAAGCCGAACGUUACACCGGAAGCGACGACGGUUGAGCGACUCGGAGCCCGUGACCUCUGCGCCCUCUAGCGGUUCUCUUAUUAUCCAUUCCUCGUUCCUUCGGCUAAGGUCCAGUAUUGCAUGGCCAAGUGGGGGCCGCCACACAGGUGUGUGUGUUUGUGUGUAUGCGCGCGAGGAAGAGAUAUCGCGGGGAAGGAGGGUGUAACGCGGUUCCUCGGGAUUUCCAGGUGAGCGGUGGGGAAUAUCCCUUUCCUUCGUCUCUCCCCCCUCCGCUCUUAGGAUGGUACAGACCAAAGAUUAGGCAUCGCUGUUUUCCUGAGUGGUUACUAAUAGCUGAACCGAAAGCCUUGAAUUGGGGUCACGGUGGCGCGAUCUUCCCACUUUCUUAUUUCGGCUUGUUCUCCAACCUGACGCGAGCCGAGAUCUCUUAGCAAAUGCUGGUCAGAAAAAAAUGGCCUGCACAAUAGAAAAGAUCUUGACAGAUGCCAAGACAUUGCUGGAAAGGCUGAAAGAUCAUGAUAAUGCUGCUGAGACUCUCAUUGAUCAGUCCACUAUGUUGCAUAAUAAAGUAGUAGCCAUGAAAGAAGCUGGUUCAACUCUUUCACACAAGUAUCAAGAAGAUGCAGCUGAGCUAAAGGAUCUCUCUAAAUACAAACCUCACAUUCUCUUAUCUCAGGAAAACACUCAGAUCAGAGAUCUGCAACAAGAAAAUAGAGAGCUAUGGAUCUCCUUGGAAGAACAUCAAGAUGCACUGGAACUUAUUAUGAGCAAAUACAGAAAACAUAUGCUGCAGCUCAUGAUGAAAAGAAAAGAUAUGGAUUCUCAAUCGAUUUUGCAAGUACAUCAAACUCAGUCUGCGGAGAUUGAGAGUCAGAUUGACAUAAUCUGUGAAAUGGGAGAGGUUAUGAGAAAAGCAGUUAAUGUUGACAGUGAUCAGUAUUAUAAAAUACAAGAAAAGCUAGCACAGUUAGAGCUUGAAAAUAAAGAGUUGCGAAAAUUAUUAUCAAUCAGUAAAGAAUCUGUCGAAGUGAGGCAAGAAUUACUUGAUGUUACAACUCAAGCUACAAAACCUCAGUCCUUGAACAGUUGAUCCUGGAAAUUGGAAACUACUGCAGGAAUGAGUAUGCUUUCUCUCUGAGCUUUCCUUUAAUUCUCUUUAGUCUACUCUUGGAAACCAUUCCAAGCCUGUUAUUAUAUUGUAAGUUCUGUGCUUGGGGGUGGGGAUGUUGCAAUGUCCCCUUCCUUGAUUAAGAUUUGUUUUGCUUAAUCAUACAGAAGAGUGAAAUAAAUGUUUCCUUUAGGUUACCCAUGAUUUUAGAAAUCUCAGUAGGAUACAACAAGGAUCAUCUUAACUUGAGCAAAUAACAUUAAAGUCAAGUCUUUUAACAUGACUUAAAUUGCAAUGGAAUUCAGUUCUUAAAUAUAUUUAAGAUGCACUGUUAUACAAAGCUUAGGCACUCCUAUUCUUAAUGCUAGAAUUUCUGCUUCUAGCAUUGUUUUUGGUGCUGCAUUUAUUGUAUCAUUUAAAAAUAAACUGUCAUAUUACCUAUUUUUUUAAUAUAAACAAAGUCAUCCAGUGUCACCUUGUAGGGGAGUUAAAAUUUAGCAUAGAAAU